CGGCCGCCCGCGCGGCAUCCCGGGCGCUGGGAGCGGCGCCCCCCCCGCAUGGCGCAGCGCCGCCCGCCGCCCGCCGCCGCCGCCUAAGGCGCCCCGAGCCCAUGGCGCUGCGCUGGGCGCUGCCCCUGCUGGCGGCGCUGGCGGGCGCCAGCGGCCCCCAGAGCUUCGAGCUGCCGGGGGCCCCCAUCGAGAACAUCGAGGUGAGCGGCGGCGCCGUGCUGGUGGCGGGCGGCAGCUGCCUCUACGAGCUGCGGCCCGAGCUGCGGCCGCGGCGCCGCGUGGUGCCCGCGCCCGGGCAGGGAUGCGCGGAGCCGCCCGGGAUGCGCAGCAACCUGCUGCUGCCCUACGAGGAGGACGGCGGGGCGGGCGUGCUGCUGGCCGGCUGGACGCAGCAGGACGGCACCUGCCAGGUGUGGGAGCGGCCGUCCUACCGGCAGCGCCUCAACCUCAGCGAGGUGGUCAGCUGCCGGCCCGAUGGCUCCACCGCCGGCGUCGUCUUCCAGAUGGCCGGCACCUGGUACCUGGCCGUGGCGGCCACCUACUCGACCGGGCAGUACGGGAGGCACCUGGACUGCCAGCCCUCCAGGUCGGACGAGGCGACGGUCAUCACGGUGCGCAGCGUGGCCGAGCUGGUGUCCAAAGAGGAGCUGGGCAUCAUCAAGCGCAAGAAGGAGCCUUUGCAUUUCGUCGACGCGCUCCGCUGGGGGAAUCACCUCUUCUUUCCCUACUACACGUGGAAGGUGAAGUCGGGCAACGGCACUGAGCUGCCCAGCAUGGCUGUCCUGCACCAGCUGCACCCCUCGCGGGGCGGCCUCACCAUGCAAGGGCAAGUUUAUUUGGACUGCGGGUGCAGGAGCCUCAUCGUUUCCUCCAGCCUGGUCCCCCAGGGCGAGCAGGGCUGGUGGGUGGGUGUUUUCCGCCACAGCCAUAGUGACAAGGCCUGGAACACCACCGCCGUCUGCAUCUUCGGGAUGGAGGAGAUGAAGGAGCAAGCCUGUGCGUCCACACACUUCAUCAUGAAUGGAAAGGGUUGUGAUGCACAAUCAAUCAGGAAAUUACCUACCUUGAUUCACUCUGGACUAGUGGCUGUUUAUGGCACAGUUGUUUUAAAUCAGAUAGUUCUCUUUUUGGGAACAGACGAUGGACAGUUACUGAAGGCUAUUCUUAAUGAGGAUAUGGAAUCUAAUUGCCCAGAGGUUUUAUACGAAAUUAAGGAAGAAACCUCCAUUUUCCCCAAACUUCGACUUGAUCCAGUAGAUAGUAAUUACAUCUAUCUGUCCUCUGCCAGUAAGGUGAGAAGAAUACCAGUUGCAAAUUGUGGUAGAUAUGUUUCCGAGCAAGAAUGCUUAUCUGCAAAGGAUCCCUACUGUGGGUGGUGUUCUUUGAAUCAAAGGUGCACAUUAAAAGAAAAUUGUACACGUUCAAACAGCGUAAAGGGUUGGUAUAACAUUUCACAUGCAGCUGAUAAAGAUCUGAAAAUCCUGCUAAGUUUCCCUGCCAAAAAUCAGGUUGCUGUAAGUGCCAGCAUAAGCAAAACCCUUACUUCCUGUGUGAUAAAAAUUGUAAAACCUGUGGAAAUAUUUUAUGAAAAUGUAGUGCUGAAAAAUUCAUUCUGUUUCUGCAAUGUAAUCACUCCGGUGAUAACUGAUAAUGAUUGUCUACUUCUCGAAGCAUCGUUGUCCUCAAGCUCUUGGAAUAUCACACAAACAUUUCAGUUGAAAAACUGCUCACAGUGUAUACACAAGAGUGAAUGCACCAGCUGUAAAUGGACGCGUGUCUCUCCUGCCACCACCUGCCAGGAUAGUUGUAAUGGAACUGCUUCCAAGGGGAUCACCACUGCACAGAAAACAGAGCAUAUCAGCAUUCAUUCCAUUGAACCAUUGUGGAUUUCUACAUUAGGGAAAAGUGAGAUAACAGUCAAAGGAGAAAACUUUACACGCGCAUCAGGCAUAAAACUGAUUCUGACUGGAGUCACUGGCUGUAAACCGGAGAUCAUUAAAGUUAGAAAUGUGCUAAAUGAUACACAAAUGACAUUUGCUCUCCCACCGACACGUAAAGAAGCCAAAAGUAUAUGUAUACAGGCUAAUGGGAAAAAAUGUUCACCACCAGUGACCCUACAUUAUGUUUCACUGCCAUCAUGUUCUUCAAUCACACCAAAUACCUCCUGGAUCAGUGGUGGUCGCAAAAUUACCACGAAGGGUAGAAAUUUUAAUGUGGUGGACAGUGUGAUUAUUUCAGAUGAUCAGAGAUCUAACCUCACCGUCUCUAGGUGUUUUGGAAAUGAAUCUGAAUAUCAUUACUUAACGCCGAGCCUGAGCCAUGCAACAGAGGGUAAAGUUGUUGAUAUGAUGUUAAAAGUGGAAACUACCUUUAUACCAUGUGUCAAACUACACUAUCACCCUGACCCAGUGUUCAUUAACUACCAGCUGCACACUGAGCUGGAUCCUGAUCUGGAAUUAAAAAUAUAUAAAGAAAAUGACAACUUGAAUAUUUCCAAAACUGAGGUAGAGGUUUAUCUGUCAUAUAUGAAUGGUGCACAGACCAAAAAGGUAUGGUUCAGUGUCCAAAAUAUUACCAAAAAACCAGACCGCAGCACCAUACUGUGCAAAUUCAAAAGGGAAGGAACAGACAAGAUUGACUUUUCCACAGUAAAAGUUUUUGUCAAAUUAGGAAAUUUUGAGCAUGAAGUCAAACCAACAUCGUCACACAUAUAUUUAUAUGUUCUUAUUUUGCUACCUAUUGUAGUGGGUGUCAUUAUAGUGGCAUUCAUAGUUACUAGAUACAAAUCCAAAGAGUUAACUCGUAAGCAAAGUCAGCAACUUGAACUGCUGGAAUAUGAGAUUCGGAAAGAAAUACGUGAGGGAUUUGCUGAACUGCAGAUGGAUGAAUUAGAUGUGGUGGAUAGUUUUGGAACCGUUCCUUUCCUUGACUACAAGCACUUUGCUCUUAGAACUUUCUUUCCAGAGUCAGGAGGCUUUGCAUCCAUCUUCAGUGAAGACAUGCCACAGAGCAGAGACCAAACGAGCAAGGAUGAAAGCUUCAACAUGUUGCAUGCUUUAAUUUGUAACAAGAACUUUCUUGUUACUCUCAUUCACACCCUUGAAAAGCAGAAAAAUUUCACUGUGAAAGACAGGUGCUUGUUUGCAUCCUUCUUGACUAUUGCACUACAAACUAAGCUAGUUUAUCUAACCCACAUUUUGGAAGUGUUGACAAAGGACUUGAUGGAGCAAUCAAGCAAUGUACAGCCUAAGCUCCUGCUCAGACGAACCGAAUCUGUGGUGGAAAAAUUGCUGACAAACUGGAUGUCUGUCUGUCUUUCUGGAUUUCUCCGGGAGACAAUUGGUGAACCUUUCUAUUUGCUCGUGACAACCCUCAAUCAGAGGAUAAACAAAGGACCUGUUGACGCGAUAACUUGCAAAGCCCUGUACACACUUAAUGAAGACUGGCUGCUGUGGCAAGUGUCUGAAUUCAAAACAGUGACCAUGAACGUCAUCUUUGAAAAAAUCCCAGAAAAUGAGAGUGGAGAUGCCUGUCAAACUAUCCAAGUUAAUGUUCUGGACUGUGACACCAUAGGCCAAGCCAAAGAGAAGAGUCUUCAGGCUUUCCUUAAUAAGAAUGGCUUUCUCUAUGGUCUUCAGCUGGAUGAAGUUGGUCUUGAACUUAUGUCUGAGGAGCAGUCAAGAGAACUGUUAGAUAUUGAUGGCUCCUCAGAGGUGAUGGAGGAUGGGAUAAGGAAGCUAAAUACCAUCGGUCAUUACGAGAUUUCAAAUGGAGCAACCAUAAAAGUAUUUAAAAAGAAGACAAAUACCCGAUCAGAUGUGGACUACUCGGAUGAACACUGUCAUUUGAUUUUACCAGACUCUGAAGCAAACAAGGAUGUGAAAGGAGCAGGUCACAAAGGAAAGCAAAAAUUCAAAGUGAAAGAAAUGUAUCUGACAAAGCUUCUGUCAACCAAGGUUGCAAUUCAUUCAGUUGUUGAAAAGCUCUUCAGGAGCAUUUGGAGUUUACCCAACAAUAAAGCACCAGUUGCCAUCAAGUACUUUUUUGACUUUCUGGAUGCCCAGGCUGAGAGCAAAAAAAUUACUGACCCUGAUGUGGUCCAUAUAUGGAAAACCAACAGUCUUCCUCUUCGCUUCUGGGUCAACAUACUGAAGAAUCCCCAGUUUGUCUUUGAUAUUAAGAAGACUUCACAUAUAGAUGGCUGCUUGUCUGUAAUUGCACAAGCAUUCAUGGAUGCCUUUUCUCUAGCAGAACAGACACUGGGGAAGGAAGCACCAACAAAUAAACUUCUCUACGCUAAAGACAUUCCACUCUACAAGAAGGAGGUGAAAGCGUACUAUAAAGCCAUCAGGGAUCUGCCUCCAUUGACCACUGCAGAGGUUGAGGAAUUUCUAACUCAGGAAUCUAAGAAGCAUGAAAAUGAAUUUAAUGAGAAAGUGGCCUUGAUUGAAAUCCACAGAUACAUAGUGAAAUAUUACGAUGAGAUUGUCAGCAAACUCGAGCGAGAACGGGGGUUUGAAGAAGUCCAGAAACAGCUCCAGCAAGUAAAAGCCUUAUUUGAUGAAAAGAAAAAAUGCAAAUGGCUUUGAGCAGAGCACUGACUCACAGCAUCACUGUGGGGGAUUUUAAAUAAGCGCUACUGCUCCCAAAACUGUUUUGACUGACUAUAUGUACAGGGUUUGAGACAUUUGGACACUCUUCUCCACUCUGACCAUUCCAAGUGAUAUCUACGUUUGGGAAUGAAGUACGGGCAAGGGUAGAUAUUCAGACACAGGCAUGUAAAAGUGUGUCUAGCAUUGGCAGGGCCAGCUUUUUUAGGUACAUGAGCACAUAUAUCUUUGGGUUCAAAAAUCCUACCUAAGUAAGCUUUCUGCUUACUUAAAAACUUGCAGGAGAUGCACAAAACACAUUGCAAGUUCAGAGUUGUCCGCGUGAACUUGUAAGUUGCUUAGCUCUUUUUUUUAAGAGAGAAAGCUGAUGUUUCGCCACAUCCUUUCAGCAGCCUUGGCAAACUGAGGAUGAGCUCCGGCUUCAGAAUACGGGUCAGCUGCAGUUUCCUUCCUUCCACAUAAAUGUGCACUGGUUCCUGUUCAAAAAAAAAAAAAAAAAAUCAGCACCAAAGUGACACUUAUCUUAAGUGUGUUUAGCUGAAAAAGUGGGUCUGAGGUUUGAAGCCAGAAUUCUGCAUGGCAGGACUUCUUUUCCUUAGGUUAGAAAUUCCACGUGCAAAGUAAAGCCAACCACUGAGCGGGAAGGAGGGUAAGCUUUUGGAGCAAGUUACUAGGCUGGCAUCAGUCUGUGUUUACAUUUCUACCUUUCCAUCCUUAAAUAAGCUGUGAAACAUUUGUGAGCAGCUUCACGUGUGAAACCUCCGUGCAGCUGUACCACAUCGGAGCACCGUUGUGAUUUGGUGACGCAGCUGACAAUGGCUGCACUUUGGUGCACAAACCUGUACUCAGGUGUGUGGCCCAUGCCUCAGUGCUGACAGUCCUGGCCGUCCAUGUACAAGGGCCUCACAUAUCUAAAGCCAGCAUCGUUUCUUUCAGGUUGUCCACACAAAGGUUUUGUCGAAAGAGGGUCAGUUUAAUAAUACAUAAAGACAGGAGGAUGGCUGUUAUCUCUGACUGUGUAUGAGAAACUGGGGAGGGGGUAACUCUGCCUUAGUCCUGCUGGGGUGGUGUUUGAGGCUCGGCUGUUUUCAGAGGAGGGUGGGUGUUCAUUAGCUUUACAUUGGUGGUUAAAGUUAGCCCAGCUGGAAAGCAGGUGCGUGGCCAUGCUGCUGAGAAGAGGCUGGUGCAGUGGCUACGGAGGAGCAGCCGUGGCUCUGGCUCUGCUCCCACACCAGCACAGUCCUACCCUCUGCUACAGACCUGAAAUGUUUUGUUGCCACAGACUCUACUUCAGCCAUGCAGAGGCACUUCUUAAGGUUGCAGCCGGCCCUUAGAGUUGAGGUAAGGCAUUGAUGAGAUGGAGAUCCAUUUCCACCUGUUUCCAGAGGGGCCCACCACUGGAAGCAAGUGGCAGUGCACAGUGGCCCACAGGAGAGGGAAGAGCUGUCCCCUGCCUUGGCAGCAACGAGGGUGCCAUGGGCUGUGAAGAGCACAGAUGGCCCAUGUUUAGCAUAGUAAGCCUAUGCUGGGGCUCUGACCAGCCAGCGCUGCCCACGCAGGGCUCCCAGGCAGCAGAGCGCUCUAAAGAUUUAUUAGAAUGCACCGCUGCUUUGGAGGAGCCCAGAGACUGCAGCACAAAAAUACUAAAGCUGGCUGGUUUGGUUGCAAAGGCUACCAGAACCUGGUACCAGGCACAAUCCCAUGGCACGUGGCUGGCCAGUGCCGGCGAUUGCUAACCACACCUUGGCAGAAGCAAGGCCGCCUGUCAACGUGGGGAAAAAAGCAAACACAAAAACACGUUGCCUACUGGUCUGCUUCCUCCCUAACGUGUGAUUGCACAAGUUGUACCUCUUGCAUAUCAUACAGGGAAGCCACCAACCCAUACUGUGAUGGCUUUCUGUUUUGUUUUUGGUUUUUUUAAAUUCAAGUCUUACACUUGCUAUUAAGUUUACACUUUAUACUUGAUGGAAUGUAUGGCUUUGUUCAGGAAACUGCACUACAAUGUUGCAGUACUUUCAGCAGUUCUCUUCUCUGCCUGGCACAAUCUAUUAUGGUAAGUUUAAUUUUAACUGGAAAAAAAAAAAAACCAUCCCUAACCCGUCUUGCCCUCUGUCCUAAAGGAGUGGACCGUGGCUUGAGUAGCACUUAAGCUUAGAAAACCUGUACUUAAGGGCUUGAUUUUUAUUGUUCUUAACCUAACUUUUUAAAGCAGCAUCAAAUAAAUAAUCAAAAAAAGCACAGUAAUUAUGAUAAAAGGAGGGGUAAGAGCAGAUUGCUCUUUCCAGUUAGACAUCUCAGCAAUUCCACUCCACUCCAGGUGUUCGCUGGCAGUGCAUCUGAAUGACCUCUGAUAGUUUUGUUCAACAGUAACCUUCUGUACAGGCAGAAAAAAAUCCAACCAGCUCCAACGUUUCUGCUUGAAAAGCUGUAAAAUAUAAUCUGUUUGCGUGGGUCUGAUCCUGUGAACUUCACUAUAUGUGUUUAUAUGAUGAGGAAAUGAAAAAUCAGUCCUAUUCUGUAUUUGUACUACUGCUUGUUUGCUACAAUAGCUUUAAUGAUUUCUAGAGAUUAAGUAUGUGUUGAAGCAGGCCCUGUAGCUUUAGCCUACAGCCUGGAAUAGGAUUAUUGCCUUUUAUUCAAGCCUCCUAAACAGCGUCACUCUGUUAGUAAACCAUUUAAAGUCAUGCUGGGACUUUGUAACCCAUCAAGUGGAUCUCACGAAGUGAUGUGAAGUAUAAUUAAGUGAUUGUGGCUCUUCUGGUAGGUUUGGGUCAGCACAUAAAACAUUGGCACACCUUCCGUAUUUGCAAUUCGCUGUUACACAGACAAAAAGAACCACCUCUGACUCAAGCUGUAUUACAGCAACCCAACAAUUCUAACAACAUUCUCUGAAAGAAAAGCAAACUUCUCUUUAACUUAUUUUUCACAUGUUUACAGGCAAACUGCUAUGGCAAACAGCGUAUUUUCUAACACUAGCUUACAGAGCAUUAUUUUGCUGUCAUCUAGUUUGAAGUCAAAUCUUAACUGAUGUGUAAAGUAUUUCCUGUUGUACAGAAGUUAACCUGUUGUUUAAAAUGAAUGGUUUAAAAAAGUGCAAAUGACAAAUACAUGUUGGUGUUUGUAUGGGUUUAUCUAGAAUAAAAUGCAUU